UGUGAGGACAUGAGUCAACCUUUGUAUGUGUGAACAUUAUGUGGUAGGGAGGGGUUGAGUGGGAGCAGAAGUACACUGGGAGUGAGAGAUAGGGACGCAGGGUGUCAGAUGGAGAGCGCAAAACCUCGAAGCUUCAAAUGUUCCACUCUGCUCGCUUUGAUCACUUCAGCCUCUUCUUCACCCACAUUAUGGAUCUCUUAUCAGUCAUAAGGGAAUGCAUUAUUUUCAAACGCGCGCUGACGGACUGACAUCAGCUGUCUCAUUAAGGUGGAUUUUGGAAUCAAGGUAGAAACCUUCAGUAUGCUGAACCAUCCCAAAUGUCACUUCCUCUUGUCUUCUCUCCUGUUUUCCUUAUAUUGCUGGAACAAGGCAACCUGCUCUCUUGGGAAGGGCAGGGAUAUUUGGCAGCACCCCAAACCGGAUCCCACCCUCAAAGGGCAAUCUUUCCUACAUGACACCUUCCCUCCAGGCUUCCUUUGGGGCUCUGGAACUUCUGCUUUCCAGACAGAAGGAGCCUGGAAGCAGAAUGGGAAAGGUGCCUCAAUUUGGGACAGUUUCACCCACUCCUUUGUUAGUGGCAGCUUGGACAGAGAGGCUGCCAAUGUGGCAAGUGACAGCUACAACAGAUGGGAAGAAGAUGUGAAAGCAUUGGAGUAUCUAGGUGUAAGGUCAUACUCUUUUUCUCUCUCCUGGCCCAGACUCUUUCCUGAUGGAAAUGCCAGAGGUCAGCCCAAUACUGCUGCUGUGAAGCAUUACAGCUACCUCAUAGAGAAGCUUCUGGAAAAGAAAAUUGAGCCCAUUGUCACUCUCCAUCACUGGGACCUGCCACAAGUGCUGCAAGAGGAUUAUGGAGGCUGGAAGAACGAAACUAUGGUGGAACUUUUCGAGGAGUUUGCUACUUUUUGUUUCCACACUUUUGGGAGUCAUGUUAGGUAUUGGCUCACAAUGCAUAAUCCCUACCUGGUGGCUGUGCAGGGAUAUGGGACAGGCGUGCAUGCUCCUGGAGAGAAAGGGGGACCUGCCACCUCGCUUACUGUGGCACACAAUCUGAUAAAGGCUCACGCAAAAGCAUGGCACACCUACAACACCAACUUCCGCGCAACUCAAAAGGGUAAAGUGUCCAUUGUUUUGGGCUCCCACUGGGUGGAACCUCAAAGAGGCAAAGCCAUUGAUGCAAGUGCUGAGCUCUGUCAGGAGUCAAUAGAGGCAGCUCUGGGCUGGUUUGCCAGUCCCAUCUUUGGUGAAGGGGACUAUCCAGUCUCUUUAAAAACCAAGCUUGGGGCUCUUCUGCCUGCAUUCACCCCUGAAGAGAAGCUCUGGGUGCAGAAGACAGCUGACUUUUUUGCCCUGUCCUUUGGGCCUAACAACCUCCGUUUGGGGCAGAGUGUAAUCGGCUAUGGGCAGACGGUAACCCCAGACCUAAGACGACUCCUGGGCUGGAUAAAGCUGGAAUAUGGGAAUCCAAGUGUCCUAGUAGCUGAGGGAGGCUGGUUCUCUGAAGCCACUGUGGGAAAGGAAGACACAGUGGGCAUCUAUCUGAUGAAAAGCUUUAUCAACCAAGUCUUGCGAGCCAUUAAGCUUGACGGUGUACAGGUGUUUGGAUACAUGGCCUGGUCUUUAGUGGAUGGAUUUGAGUGGAAUUAUGGGUAUAGUAUUAGACGAGGCCUUUUUUAUGUGGACUUCAGCCAACCAAACAGAACUAGGAGCCCCAAGAGCACCGCUCAGUACUACAGACAAAUAGUUAAUGAUAAUGGCUUCCCAAGUGAUGAAACCUCGCAAGAGGUGAAAGGCCAUUUCCCCUGCAAAUUUCACUGGGGUAUUGCAGACUCCACUUUACAGGUCCACUUCUACCCUUUCUCCCCACAGUUUACUGACCCUCAUUUGUACAGUUGGAACCUGACAGGUGACGGAUCUUUGCAUCAGGUCCCAGGGGUGAAGCUCCACACCAGGCGAGCACAGUGCACAGACUAUUUGGCUAUCCGUGAUCAUCUUAACCUACUGGAAUCGACACGGGCAUCUCACUAUCGCUUCGCUCUAAACUGGUCUCUGAUUUUACCCCAGGGAGACCUUUCUAAUGUAAAUACAGAAGCUCUGAGGUACUACCGCUGUAUCAUGACCGAACUCAAGAAGCGGGAUCUCGAGGCUCUUGUGGUUAUUUAUUACCCAACACACCGAUCUCCAAAUCUGGGUUUACCUAUGCCGCUGCAUGCCUCGGGUGGUUGGCUCAAUUACAGCACAGUGAACGCUUUUCAGGAAUAUGCAGCACUUUGUUACCAGGAGCUGGGUCCCUGGGUUCAGAACUGGAUCACCAUUAACGAGCCAAACAGACUUGUAGAUGUUUAUUCGAGUGGGGAAGACAAGCAUCUGGCAGCUCAUAACCUUCUUCUGGCUCAUGCAAAAGCCUGGAGGUUAUACGAGAAGGAACAUUACGGUCAACAGCAAGGACUGGUAUCGUUAGCACUACAUGCUGACUGGGCCAAACCUGCUAACCCCUUCCUGGAGUCACACACAUUGGCAGCAGAAAGAUUCCUUCUGUUUGAACUUGGUCGCUUCUUGGACCCAUUGUUGGGGACUAGACGUGAGGAGAACCACAACAUGGGGGACUACCCACAAGAAAUGAGAGCGUACCUGGAAGAGAGAGCUCGAGUAAUGGGCCUUCCUGGAUCACCUCUUCCUAAUUUUACUGAGACUGAGAGAGAGGAACUGAGAGGGGCCUUGAGUUUUAUCGCCAUAAACCAUUUUACUACCCGUUUGGUUUCCCCACGUUCCCACACACAGGACAGUUUUCAGCAGAAACCACCUCCUGAUCAUGAUUGUCUGACUCUUUCUGAUCCAACAUGGCCCUCUUCUAGCCUGCGGCAAGCUAUUGUGCCAUGGGGCUUGCGUAAGAUGCUAAAGUGGGUUAGCCAGAGGUAUGGUGGAGCUAUACCUAUCAUUGUCACCGGGAGUGGGAUUGAUGAUCAGGCUCCUGUUGAGGAUAAACUCAGGCAACACUACCUAAGGAGUUACCUGCAGGAGGCACUUAAAGCUUACCAUCUCGAUGGAGUCAACUUGCAGGGCUUCUACGUGUGGAAACUCCAAGAUCGACUCGUACCGCAGUAUGGCCUCUUCACCUCAGCCCAACACCAAUCCAAAGCCAAAGCCUCCAUCAAUGUGUACAGAGAAAUCAUUGCUCUCAGCGGAUCCCCUAACAAUGACUCAGUUCAGCCCUGCAGGUUUAGCGAGCUGCAUGAGCCUUGCUCUAUAUGUGCAUGGAUGUUCACAAACAAAGCAAUGCUGGUUUUUGGGGGGUGCCUCCUAAUAACAGCUGCAAUGCUGGCAGCGCUGGUGGUUUUUGUCAUAGUCACCAAAAGAAACCAAAGACGUGGCAGAGGAAAAGGGAAGGUUGGGUUGAGCAGGAGGAGAAGAAAGGAAGGAGUGUGUUUGUGUCCACCUGGUGUAAAGCGAUAACACUAGGAAAGACUGACUCAUUCAUGUGUCAUAGAAAAAAACCUGUGGCUUACUGACUGGGAAGAGCAGCGACUUGUGUACGCCCCAUUUGUGUCUGUUUCUGCUUGUGACGAAUGUGUGGUUAGUUGUGUAAAAUGUAAAUAAAAGCAGAAUGCAAUGAUUUGCAAAUCUUGUAAGUCUGCAUUUUAUUCACAGCAGAGCACAGGAAAUAUAUUAAAUGUUUAACUGAGAUGAUGUACAUUUUGAGGAAAAUAUUAUUAUUUAUUUUGAAUUUGAAGCCAGCAACAUGUCUUAUAAAAGUUGAGACACCAUCAUGUUUAUCACUCUGUAGCACUCACUCUUCUUUUAGUAACAGUCCAUUAAGAUCUAGAAUCUGAGGAGACCAGCUGCUCGUCGUUUGGGAGAGGAAUAUCGUCCCAUUCAUGUCUGAUAUAGGAUUGUAGAGGUGCUACAAUCCCGCUGGGUGAAAGGUCUAAAAUGCAGGCAGAUUCAUUUAUUACACUGACUCUUCCACUAGAAAAUCAUCCAGUUUAAAGUUUAGCAUUGUCUUGCUGAAAUAUGCAAGGCCUGACGUCAUCUGGACGGGAGCAUAUGUUGCUUAGUGCGUAUGUACUUUUCCAUAUGCACUAAAGCACUUCCAUACCAUAUGAGAUGUAGGCUUUUUAAACUGAGUGCUGAUAACAAUACAAUACUAUUGGAUGGAUGAAGCUCACAGACCUUGUCUCUUGUGCAUAGAGAUUCCUCCAAAUUUUCUGAAUCUUUUGAUGAUAUUAUGUAGUAUAGAUCAGUAGGUAUUCCAAAUUUUCUAUAUUUUACCUUGAGGAAAAUUAUUCUGAAAUUGUGCCACAAUCUGUAGACAGUUCUUUUGCAGAAUGGUGAACUUAUGCCUAUCUUUACUUCUGAGAAACUGCCACUCUAAGAUGUUCUUUUUAUAUCCAGUCAUGUUACUGAACUGUUGCCAAUGAAGUUAAACAGUUGUAUCAAGUUUCUCUAGCUGUUUCUCAUUAGUAGCACUUACUUUUCUGGCCUUUUGUUGUCACUGUCCCAACUUUUUGGGACAUCUUGCAUUUUCACAAAAUGUUAAAGUGUCUCAGUUUAAACAUGGUUUCUAUGCUCUAUUGUGAACCACAUCGGACAUUGCCAAAUCAUUACAUUCUGUUUUUAUUUACAUUUUACACAACAUCCCAAUAUUUUCAGACUUGUUUUUGUGAAGCUAUUUUGUUUUAUUGUUUCUACAUAUUUAAAAGACUGUAAAAUGGCAACAGAUUUAAUGAGUGUUGGAGUGAGAAGCUAGAGCAUGUGCCAGUGUUUUAUAACCUUACAUAAGUGAUUACGUGAGCUCUAUGUUUUAUAAUAAACAAAUAUUAGAAAACACAUCAAUGCAAAACAUCUCAUAAUGAUAAAAGCUAAUAAAAAACACGAUCUCAAAUCACCAAUCAGUUUUAUAAAAGUGUCUUUCUUUUCAUAAGACAACAUUUUAAAGGCAUUCAUUAUAACAUGUUUUUCCAUAGACUGAUGUUCAUGGGGCAAUGAUGCCCCCUAGUGUGACUGUUUGCCGGUAUGAUGAAACACUAUGAAAGACUUCUCUGUUAUUUGUUUAAAAAACAUGAAUAUUUCUCAUGUGGGUGCUGUCCUGUGAUAAA